GCAGGUCUGUUCGGGGAGACAUUACGGCAAGUUUUUCAGUCCACAUUGACAAAAUGGAGGAAGCUUCUUUCAUAGAUUUGGUCCAGAAAGUAGCUCAGGAUAUUCAGUGUGAUCCACUGAAGCUUUUAUUGGCCAAGAGCAAAGUCCACGGUCUAAAGAGUUUUCAAGAUUUGUUUUCUUACAUAUGGAGUUUAGACGAAUCCCAUAAAUAUCUUGACCCAAAAUUGAUUUUAUCAGAAAAGAGUGAUAAAAAAGCUAAUAUGCACCGACAAACUGGGAAUGCACACUUCGGCAGGAGAGACCUACACCAAGCACUCACAUGUUACAAUAUGGCUAUAAUAAAUUCUCCCCACCCAGUUAUUAAAAGACCCAGUAAGGAGGCGCAGGAUGCUUCGGGUGUUACUUACGAUGUUUCUGAACAAGGAAAGUUUCAAUCCUUGGCUGUUGGUUACUCUAAUAGAUCUGCCGUGCUGUAUGAUCUUGGGAUGUACCAAUACUGUAUUGAAGAUAUCAAUAUGGCUUUUAUGUAUGGCUAUCCAAAGGAGUUUGGUGCAAAGCUUAAUGAAAGGAAAGAAAAUUGUUUGGCUCACUUGUUGAAAGAGAAAGAAAAGGAGUCUGCACAGCAGAGUCCCGAAGAGUCCUCUGCAGAUGAUAUAGUAGAGUAUCUAGCAGCUCUAAAAGUUUCGGAGCCUUUUUUAAAAUCGCGUGUAAACAUAUCAAAAAAAGUCAGGAUUUGCAAUGUCCCUAAUAAGGGUAAAGGUCUCGUGGCUACAGGCUACUUAAAGCCAGGAGAAAUCAUCGGCAUUGAGGCGGCAUAUUGCCUUGGAAUAGAUCCCGACAAGCGUUACCUGUAUUGUUCCUAUUGCGUCAAGAAGUGUGUGUUCUUGCUUCCGUGCCCUGACUGCACUGAGGUGGUAUUUUGUAGUGAGGAGUGUCGGUCAAAAAGUCUUGCUGGUGAUCAUUGGCUUGAAUGUAAGAUUCUUCCUACACUAAUGGCAUUAGAAUUAACGAAGAGGAACUUGGCCAUCAAGAUGCUGAAGAUUUGCAAUUACUCUGAAUUUUGUGAUUUAAUAGAGAACCUUAGGAAGGAAGAAUUGGCAUACAACCAGCAUUUAGCUACCAACGCCCCCAUGAGUUUUAAAAUUUCCUCCGAUUUCAGAGCGGUUUACCAUCUCUGCACGAAUAAAGAUCGUAGCUCGUUUGAGUUUCUGUUUCUGCAGUGUCAGAUUAGCUUCGUCCUGAUGAAGCUGCUUUUGCAAAGUGAAAGAUUUUUUGUGGAUGAUAAUGGCGAUCCCGUUGAGCCAGACCUGCGUGCCAUUUUGAGGACAGGUGCAGUGUUGCUAGCAAAUGCAAUAAAGCUUCAUUUCAAUCCAUAUCAGAUUUUUGAUCUAAAAAUGAGAGAACCUGUGGCAUCUGGAGUUUUCCCUGCUUUGAGCUUUAUAAACCACUCCUGCUAUCCCAAUAUGAGACAUUAUACAAUUGGCCGGGAUUUGAUCAUGCGUGCCAUAAGACCAGUAGCAGUUGGCGAGGAGCUCACAAUUGCUUACACUGAAGAAUUCCACAAGCAAGCGCGUGUAAAUAGAAUGAAACUGUGUGAAAAAUACCAUUUUACUUGUUCUUGCGAAGCAUGCGUGAAGGAAUGGCCGCUACUCCCCAGAAUACCCACCAUGAGAUUUAAAUGCCUUUCUUGUAAGGAAUUACUUCCUGGAAGUUUGAGACUUUGCAGCAAAUGCCAGAAAUCCACUGAAAAUAGAGGAGUCGCGAUACUUCGCCGAUAUAAAGAGGAGGUGGAUGAGGUAAUCAAGAGCACAUUUGAAACUUCUAGUUUAGAAACUUUCAUGUGCAGGGAUAGAAAGUUUCCUAAAAGAUCUUUCCCAUUCCUGUGUAACGCGAUUGAACUGAUAUACAAGCAUGUGGAUAUGCCAAGUCAGCACGCAUUAUUCUUGCAAGACAUGUUGUUCAAAUGUUUUGAAGAUGGAUGUUAAUUUGACCAUGAUAGGUUUACUUUUACUAGACAUUUUCUUCAAAUGUUUUGAAGAUUGAUUUUAACUUGCAAUUUUAGCUAACUUUUAUAGAACAAAAACUAGUUCAUAGGACACUUUUAUCCCUAACUUUUAUAUACGAAGGACAAUUUUACCCCCUGUAAAUGCAGCCUUUUUUACACUACUAAUGUGCCAUUGUCUUAUUUCUGUUUUAUAAGAUAGUCGAUGUUCGUCGCUGCCUGCCAUUUUACCAUUUUACUUUUAAACCUUGAGUCAGUUUCCAAUUUAAAGCCAUAAAAGUAUUAAGUAUAGUCACAAGGGAUACUUUAUAAGUCGACGUAUACCUUUGUUGAAGUAAUGGUACUAUGGUGAUAAUUUUGUUGCAGAUAAUUUGUGAAAAGAAAAUAGAUUUAACUUUGGUAUCAGUCUAAUAUUUUAAAUAUAAGUUCAUGUAAACGGCAAAUGUUUUUCUUACACCUCAUCUUAUUAAUUCGAGAACACCAGGCUUAUUGAUGCUUACAUUACUUGCUUAAUUAGGUAUUACAAGACCUUGGAAAAAGAUUGUUACGUUUUCUUUGUAGAUGGGUUAUUUCGUAUCACUUUUAAAUUAUUCCAACAUGUUUUAUAAUGCAAGUACAUUUUGACUGUAAAAUUUUUCACUAAACAUUUGGAGAUAAAUAAAUGAAACUGGUUAGAACAGUGAGUUUGUAAUAGUCCACAAGUCCCCUUGAGAUGGGGUCUAAACUACUACAUUGAAAAAUGUUUUGCAACUAGGAACCACGGUGCUCUCAAAUUAUAUCAGACCAAAACAUUUUAAAAUGGGUCGAAAAGAUCUUUAGGAAAAAAUUGGUUUUGUAGGUAUGCCUUUAUUAUAAGCUUGUGAUCCCUUAUGAACUUUUCAGAUUAAACAAACUUUUGCUCUUGACAGGUACAUUGAAAUGGGCUGAGGCAAUUUGGUGGUCCGAAUUUAUUUUUCAUUUUUUAUUAAAAAAAUUUUUUAUAUUUUGCUGAAAAUAAUUUUUUUUUCAAACUAUUAAACUUUUUUCAACUAAGAUUAAAAGUUUUAUUUAAUUCUACGAUGGAUUUUAGUUAGGGCAAUAGUUAAAUUAUAUAAGGGAUUCUCUAAGCCUCGCUGUAUUUUUUACCCGAAGUUUGUCUCGCAUUACUGGAGGGUAUUUGUACCAGUUCCCUCGACAACCUGACUACAACCCAUUUUCAGUUUAGCCCUUUGUUCGAUCUUAAUUUCCAACCCUCCAACCAUUAUUUGAUAGUGCAAUUGUGGUGUUUAAUCGAAGUUUUGCCUACAGAUCCUUUCUUCGUUUUUUUCAGGGUUCUAUUCACGAUUGUACACCAAUCAAGCUUCCUUUUGUUUAUCUUGAGCGCGUGUUUAUUAUUGUAACUUUUAACAUAUUAUUCAGUAGCAAGUGUUUAUACGCCCACUCAUGCAAAAAUCCACAUGGUAACCAUUUUAAUUAACAGUAAUCACGAUAGUUAUAUUGUUUAUUCAAAUAUUCGGUACAUAACUACUAGUAACUCUUCGUGCUUUAAAAUAGUUAAGAACAAAAUGUUUUGGGUAACUGAUGACAAGACAGAACAGUUUUGUUUAGACAUGUAAAGUUCGCUCCCUGCAAAAGAGCACCUACUGUCAGUUCCCUUGGUGCUUCGUAAGAAUUACUAUUGUACGCCCCACUUUUUAUUUAGCCUUUUACUUCCAUUCCCGCUUCCUUUCUUUAUUCUUUGUCACCUCUCCCUCUAUUACUUUUUGUGGUUUUUGUAACUGCCUCUAAUGUUUUAAGCGCUGAAUAGCCGUAAGUACCUCAGUCCUUGGCUUAACAGUUCAUACAAUUCAUAUAGCGAGGUAGCGCCGUCAGUGCACCUCCGCACCUCGUGCGAUGCUCAGUAGACAUUACUUAAACUUAUACUAUGCCUCUUUUCGUAUUUCUGACAUCUUAGUUUACACCUUCUAAAAAUUGCUUCAUGAUGCAACUGUGGGAUUUUC